ACCUUGGUAUGUACAUUUUUUUUGGUUUUUUUAAGUGUUAAAAACAAUGAACUUUCCCAUCACAUUCUUCCUCAAACAGUCUACAUUCUUCCACCAAAGGCCAAAUUCAUUCAUCACUCCCAUCUCCAAAAUCGCCAUUCGCCGCUGCCCCACUCACAACCGGCCACCGUUCCCCUGCCCCACUCACCGCCAGCCACCGUCGCCAAAGUCUGCCAGUGCACAGCAGGUAGCCCGCAGCUAGGCAGUAGCCGCAGCACCAUAGCCACAGCACAGAUAUUGCUGGAAAGCUGAGACAAGGGAUAUCAUCAUGACAAGCUAUUUAUGGAAGAAGUAUGCAGAUUAUGUGUACACAAAAUGGGAAAGAACAAUUUUGUGGGAUAUGAUUGAACCUUAUAGACGGCCAAAGUCUUUUACCCCACUCGUUACUAUAUAUGUUGCAGCAUUCUACACUGGAGUCAUAGGUGCAGCAAUCACAGAGCAACUAUAUAAAGAAAAAUAUUGGGAAGACCAUCCAGGACAGGAAGUACCUUUGAUGAAACCUAUGUUUUACGGUGGUCCUUGGAAAGUAUACAGAGGCGAGGUUCCAGUCUACCCAAGUGACAAACCUAAGUGAAUUGGGAAUGAUGGUAUAUAAAUAGCAAUCCUGGUGUUUACAUUAUUUUACAUGCAUAUUGCUAUAUUUUGAGGUUGCAUUAGUUAGACUGAAUCAAAGGCCCGUUAUUUGGCUUAUGCCUAAGUUUCGAUUCUUAUAGAAUGAACUCCCAUUUCAGAUGCUUGUCAAAUAAAUGUGAUUACAGUUUCAGCUCUAAAAGCUUGGGUUGUAUAUCAAUCACUAUCAUUGUGUGACCCUUGAGUAAUCUUUUUUCUACACAAAUGCGUUGUUUGAAACUAAAAAUCUUGUAAUACAUUCUAUUUAAGCUACAAUUUACAAA